AUGCCGCUCUCCAUGGCGCCGCCGGCUGCCCUGGCCUUCCCUCGGAUAUCGCUGAAGACGAUGCCGCCGCCGAUCAUCGCGCUGCCUGACCGCGCCGACACGAUGCGCCCCCCGCCCCCGUCGCCCGUGCUCAGGCACGCGGCCCCCAAGCACAAGGCCGUCGUGGUCAUGGGCGCCACCGGGACCGGCAAGUCCCGCCUCGCCAUCGACCUCGCGCUGCGCUUCGGCGGCGAGGUCAUUAACUCCGAUAAGAUGCAACUGUACGACGGCCUGGACGUGGCCACCAACAAGGUUACCCCCGGCGAGUGCGCGGGCGUCCCGCACCACCUGCUCGGCGUCGUGUCCUGCCCCGACGACGACUUCUCCGCGGCAGACUUCCGCCGCGAGGCCGCGCGCGCCGCAGCUGGCGCCGCGGCGCGUGGCCGCAUCCCCGUCGUCGCUGGCGGGUCUAAUUCGUAUGUCGAGGAGCUUGUGGACGGGGACCGCCGCGCGUUCCGGGAGCGCUAUGACUGCUGCUUCCUCUGGGUGGACGUGCAGCUCCCCGUGCUGCGCGACUUCGUGGCCCGCCGCGUCGAUGACAUGUGCCGCCGUGGGCUAGUGGACGAGGUCGCCGCUGCCUUCGACCCCCGCCGCACCGAUUACUCCAGGGGCCUCUGGCGUGCCAUCGGCGCACCUGAACUCGACGCCUACCUCCGGUCGACCGGUGCUGGCGAAGACGAGCGAGAGCUCAUGCUAGCGGCGGCCAUCGACGAGAUCAAGGCCAACACGUCCCGGCUCGCGUGCCGCCAGCGCGGCAAGAUUCAGCGGCUGGCCCGCAUGUGGCGCGUCCGUCGCGUGGAUGCCACGGAGGUGUUCCUUAAGCGCGGUGCCGCCGCCGACGAGGCGUGGCAGCGGCUCGUCGCCGCGCCCUGCAUCGACGCCGUCCGGUCGUUUUUGAACGAGGACCAAGAAUGCAGCAUGGUCGCCGCCGCCGGCAAGGCCUCCGUCUUCGCCUCCGCAGCCGGCAAUGCCUCCGUCUUCGCCGCCACCGCCGUCGUCUAAUACACACACGCACGCACCUCCUUCGAACGUACAUCCACACAACAGAAUCCGCCCGAACGCUUCCUGAACUAGCUGUGAUAACACAAUCGGCAAUCGCCAUUGGCGAUCAGCACGAGCUCAGCAAGGUAGCCAAGUACAGUACACCCCACGGCGGCGACGGUCAAGCUCUCGAUGACCCGCAGCGAAGCAGAGUAAGCUUGUUCUUAUACGAGCUGGUCGACUCUGCUCCGGGCUAACAUAAAUCCUUUUCUCUCCUAUUUUUUUGGUACUUUGAGAUGAGUGAUCGAGAUCGAGCGUGUAACUUGAAUUUUGGGUUUUUGCCUCAAGAAUUAACCCUUUCAGUUGAUUGGGGGUGACCGAUGUAACAGGCUCUUGUGCAAUAUAGAGAGAGAUGUUAGUAA